AUGGUGCUUCUUUUUCUUCCCCUGGAACUACUUUUCUAUCUAGCAGACCUUUUAGAUGCGUCACAGGAUUUGCUUUCAAUGGCAAAAUUAAAUAAGCGAUCAAGUCUUCUAUUCCUACCGCUUCUCUACGCCUUCAAUGUCCGCUGUCAGAAUAGCUCUGCUCUGAUCUGGGCCAUCCAGCACAACCAGUCGAAACUCGCGAAAACCCUACUCGAAGAGUAUCAGGCAAACCCAAACACAACGGAUGAUAGAUUUCGGACACCGCUAUUCUAUGUUCCAGGUAUUCGAACAGAAAGGUAUCAAAUGAUUCGUUCAUUGAUCAGAAGCGGCGCAGAUCUCAAUUGGAGAGAUGAUCAUCAGCAAACGCCAUUACUGUACUCCCUCCAAAGGAAGUUUUUACCUGUAGCCAGAGAUCUUCUGGGGUACUCUGAUACAGAAGUGACUGCUCGGGAUAACAAGGCCCGAAAUGCGAUCUGGUAUGCUACCGCCCAUCAGGAUAAGGAUUUGGUUCGGUCCUUCCUGGACAGGGGGGUUGAUACUUUUACAGCUGACUGCAAAGGAAUCGACCCCAUCAACCUAGCUAUCUUGAAUCAGAGCAAUACCAUUCUUACCAUGCUGCUUGACCAUGUCAAAACGAAGCCUUCGGCGGCAAACCUGGAUGGCCUAAGUAGCUAUGAGCAUCCACUAUUUAUUGCCACGCGCAAAGGAUCGAAGGAAAUGGUCCAAAUAUUGAUUUCCUACGGAGCAAACCUCCACAUCAGAAACAGAAAGGGUCAGAGUCUGCUUCAUCAGGCAGCCAUGAAAGGACACGGUGAUGUUCUGAAAAUGAUUCUUGGAUAUAAUAUGAUUUCUAUUAGCACUGCCGAUGUGAGGGGAACAACAGCGCUACAUUUGGCAGCAAAGUACGGGCACAAAUCGAUCGUGAAGAUCCUGCUGGCCUUUCCAGGCAUCGAAAUCAAUACUCGUGAUACAGACGAGUCCACGCCGCUAUGUAUUGCUGUUCGUGGGAACCAACAAUCUGUGGCCUUGCAAAUUUUAUCCGAAGAGUCAGCUGACAUCAACGCGUUCUGCCGACACAGGCAAACGGCCCUUCAUUAUGCUGUGCGAAAUGGCAACAUUCUGCUCGUUUGUGUUCUCCUCGAUUUUAAGAAGCUAGAUCCAAAUGUUCGCGAUAGGUGUGGCUGGACUCCUCUCGUAUACGCUGCAUUAAUUGGCAGUCUACGACUACUGGAGGUACUUCUCACGAGGCCAGAUAUUGCGCUGAAUGUUCGGAAUGCCUCGCCCAUUUUCUAUGCCUGCGAAAAGGGGAAUUUGGAGAUCGUACGUAGGCUUCUAGAUCGCAAUGAUAUGGACGUCAACAAACCGGUCUGGAAUAAGUCUCCUCUUUACAUCGCAAUCGAGAAUGGCCAUAUAGAGAUUGCAAGGUUGUUGAUUGACCAGGGUAAUGGAAUCGAUGUGAACUCAGCUACAUUGCUUGGAAGCACUGCUUUGUCGGUGGCAGCACUGAAUGGGCACCUGGAAAUUGUGGAACUCUUGCUCCAAGAUGAAAGGCUGAACUGCAAGGCUGAAAAUAAUUUUGGAGAAACCGCCCUUCAACUAGCCGCGCGAGAAGGACACGAAGCCAUAGUACGAUCUCUUUGUCGUGAUUCCCGUAUCAGGGACCUUCUGAGCUUAAGAAACGCGAUAAAGUACUCAUCAAGCAUCAGAUUGACAUACUUUCUUCAAGGACAGGAAGAGGAAUUGGUCCGAGAAAACGAUGCUUGA